CGCAAUUCGAGGCAGUUGGCAGUACGUGUCCGUGAAGUUAGACACUGAAUAGUAGCUUGUCAUUCAAAUCACAUAACACUUUUAGUGAAAUAUAGAAAUAAGAUGGCAUACCCAAACGGGCAAAACCAGACACCACCUCGGUGCUACUGUAUGAUGAAAACUCUUCUAGGUGUCAUAUAUGAUAAUCCGGAAUAUCAUAGGAAAUUAUAUUAUAAGCAGGUUUCUGGCAGUAUAAAAAAGGGGAAAAGAAUACUUGCUCACAUCAAGAGUGACAUCACCAAGCAAUGCACCAUUGCAGACAAUCAACAUGAAUUAUUAAGAAUUAAAUAUGAAACAGCCCUUCCCACUUGUUUACAAGAAAAACUGUUUAAAUUGGACAACUUGUUUAUCACUGACAAAAUUUUGGAUUCAAGCAUACACAAUGUUAUUGUUUUUGGUACACUUAACAGAGGCACUCACAUAAUUGAGGUGGCUGUUAAAAUGAAGUUGUGGGAGUUCGACGUAGUCGAGACGGAAGUUUCUGCGAUGCGUGCCCUAACCCAUCCGAAUGUCAUGCCUGUUAUUGGCCUUAAUUUGGAACAUGGUAUAAUUCUCACUGAGUACAUGAGAAAUGGAACUUUGCAGAAUGUGUGCACUACAAUGCAAAGCACAAAUCAACUAUUCAAAUAUAUUUAUGAUGUAAUUAAUGGACUCAAAUACAUCCAUGGCAAAAAGUUCAUUCACAGAGAUUUGGAAAUUUCAAAUGUAUUUGUUGAUGAUAACUAUAGAUGUAGGAUUGGAGAUUUGGAAAAUGCUGUUUAUUUAGGCAAUUCACUAGUAUAUAUUCAGAAAGGGAAAUUUGUUCAGAGUUAUCAUUGUCCAAAGGAGGCCUUUGAGUACCAAGUAUUUUCGUAUGCAAGCGACAUUUACAGCUUAGCGUAUUUGAUGAUGGAAGUUUUGUUGUCUCCUAAUGUCAAAGAAUCCGCAAAAAAAUCUUAUUUGAUGUCUGAGUUAGAGAAGGUUUCUAAGUCAGAAAGAUGUCCAGGCAACAUAUUUCAGAUUGUUAUGAAAGCAUUAUCACCCAAUCCACAAAAUAGGCCAACCAUAGUAGAUUUUUACAAUGUGGUUGAAUCAUUAUUAAAUUUUUAGCCUAAUUUUUAUUUAUACGUUACAAUAAAGUAGUAAAAUAAACCAAAUGAAGAACGUCAUUUUCAUAUCCCAGUUAGAUGUUCUCAGUACACCUUUAUUUACAGGUGGUUCCAAAUUAAUAUAUGUG